GUCAUAUCAAGCGGGAGAAAAACAAAAACAGAAUACAUAACCAUUUAUACAUUAUUUUGUUUGUCUAAUUCAUUUUUUCUCGUAAGCUAUAAAUAUAUCUACUUAAAUAAAAUACAGAGAAAACCCGAUAUACUCAUGGAUAAUGUCUGCAAGUGGAAUAUUGCGAUGAAUUGUGUUCUUCAUUUGGUUUUUGUCGAAGAAGAAAGAAGUACAAUUUGUCAUGUUGAAAUUUGACGAUAGACAUUGUAGUAGUUGUGAGUUGAAUAAGGAUUUGGCGAUGUUAUUAACGAGAAGUUUUACGUUAUUAUGGCUGUAUUAAAAACUAUAAACUCAACAAAGCUUUGAAAAAAUGGAGGAAGACCGUCCUCCAAGCCAUCUUCAUGAAAGACAGGCACUGACAAAACUAGACCAUUCUGAAUUGGAGGACAAGUUUAUCAAAUUAAGAGAGCAGAAUAUUGAACUUAAGAAAUAUGCAAGAAACCAGGAAGAAAAAAUUAAACGUAUGGCCACCAAACUUUUGCGUCUUGCUGCAGACAAAAAGAAGGCAGAAGGAGGUAAUCAGAAUUUUCAAACGGAGGAGAAGAUGGCAGAAAUGGAAGAGGAAAUGAGAGCGCUCCAAAAGCAAAAUUCCCAGCUAAAAUAUAAGUUAACAUUAGCAAAACAACAAUCAUUGGGAGAUCACAAACAGUCAUCCCCCUAUGGACAUGUAAAAGCUAAAGUAAAUUCAGGAAUUCACAGCAGAUCAAAGUCUAGUCAACAACAAAGGAUCAAACAAAAUUUACGUGUACAAGGUGACUUCACUAGAUCACCUAGACACAUCCCUUCACCAAUCCUUGCACAACCAAGAUAUGGACAUAGUCUUCUGGAAGAAAAGAGAAUUGAAAAGGAAGAACUUGAGCAAGUUCUUCAUUCGUUACAAGAUAAUAUUAGAAUGUUGGAGAAAGAAAGAAAGGAACUAAAAGAUGAGCUGCGACAAAAAGACGUCGACCACGAGUUGGUGAUGACGAAGAUACGGGAACAAUUAUCCGGUGCUCAAAGAGAAAGUAUUCAGGAGAAUGUCGAUAUGAUUAAACUUCAAAGGGAAGUAAAAGAUAAAGGGAGCAAGCUUCUCUCUAUGGAGACAAAAUUUAAAAAUCUUAGCGAGAAUUUGAAUAAGAUGAAAGAGAGCCAUGCAAAAGUCUUGGAAAAUAUGGAAUCCAUGAAUGAAAAAUUAAAGGAGGAGCAAGGCAAAAGUUUGAUGUAUCAAAACGAAUUAAAGAACCACGAUGUGACAUCGAAAACUUUAGUUGAGCAACAGCAACUUAUUGAUGAUCUCAAUGCGGAACGGGAAAUUUUAAAACAGGCGAAUGAAAAUCUCAUGAAGAGCGCCUUUGAUUCUGAAAGAGAAAGACAACACGUAGCGCUUGAAAGACAACUAAAAGUGGAAAUUGCGACCCUAGAAGCUUCUGUAAAAUCUGAACUGGAGGAAAAGAACGAUAUUUUAGAUCAACUGAUGAAGGAGAGAGACUCAAAAGAGGAUCUUCACCAGGAAAUGCGUGAUAUUAAAGUGAACUAUUUUUCGUUAAAAGAAAAAUAUGACGACGUGUCAGAAAAAUUGAAAUUUUUCACGAAGGAAAGCGCCGUUGAUGUACAAGAACUGGAGGAAGCGCUUACUUUAAUAAAGAGAAGAAAGGAGAGUGGAAGUCAAGAUUUAGAUUUCUUGGAAAAAGUUGACAGUGAAGUGGAUAAAAACGCCCAGAAACGGAUACAAGAACUUCAAAUAUCGCAUGCUGACACAAUCAAUGAGUUAGAAAAAACAAGAAAUAUGCUAGUUUUGCAGCAUAAAAUUAAUAAAGACUAUAAAACUGAGGUUGAUAAAGUUACAAAUAAAAUGGUGGAAGACAAGAAAGAGUACGACCAACGCCUUCAAGAAUACGCACAAUUACUAGAUAUAAGAGCUGAUCGAAUCAAGAAACUUGAAUGUCAAAUACAUGAUAUUGCCUAUGGCACGAAACAAUACAAUGUUGUGAGCACUGGAGAGGUACCCGAGUUUGACAAUGAAACAAAUGUUGAGAAUUUAGAAAGAGGAGAAAAUCUUUUCGAGAUUCACAUUGGAACAGUAUGUCUGUCAGACGAAGUUUCGUCAUUGCUUGAGGGAUUGGAACCUAGCUGUUUUAUCACUUAUGAAUUCUUUGAACAUGAAAUUCAAGCGACCCCAGUUAUGAAAGGAAAAAGAAUGGAUUUCAAUUUUACAUCUUUGUAUGUCGUAAAAAUCGACGAUUUCUUUCUUCAUUACCUGCAAAAGGAAUCUACGAUUGUAGAACUUCAUCGUGCUGUUGGUUCUUCAUACGAAACAAUAGCUGUGUGCAACCUAAAGCUAAGAGAGCUUCUUGAAAGAUCUCAUGGACGUCUUCACGGGACUGCUAAAUUGCUGGGUACAAAAUCAUCCAAUGGAGGAGUUGAAUGUGCUACUAUGGAGUACUGGGUCCGACUUCGCGUCCCCAUGGAACAAGCCAUACGUUUGUUUAAAGAGCGGAGUAAAGCGCUUGGUUAUUUGAAUGCGCAAGGCUACAAAGCAUUAGAAAAGACUGGGGACGAACUACCGUCUGACAUCAACGAACUUAUCAUAACGAUUAACAGUUGCUCCAAUCUCAAACCACGACGUGAUGAUGUUCAACCAUCUCCUUAUGUCGUGUACAGAUUAUAUGAUUUUGCUGAUCAUGAUACCGCGAUUAUUUCGAAUUCCAACUCACCACAAUGGAACGAUAGACGUACAUGGCCUGUUCCUAUGACUGAGGAUUUACAUACAUAUCUUACAUCGCAGUCUUUGGAAGUUUAUGUAUUCGACGAUGUAGACCCUGAAGCGACCGCUUACCUCGGUUUGGCAAAGAUACCACUCAUAUCGCUGGCUCAUGAUCAAACUAUCAAAGGAUCGUUUGAUCUUGUGAAGGAAAAUGGCGAAAAGAAUGGAAUUGUCGAUGUCUCUAUAGAAUGGAGAAAUACUUAUCUUCCUGCAAGUUGUAAAUUGAAGAAUAACGCACUAAAUUACAUGUCUAAUAAUGACGAUGAAAUAGAAAGUCAGGGGGAGGUGAUUGAUCAGACCGAAAGUCAGGGGGAGGUGAUUGAUCAGACCGAAAGUCAGGGGGAGGUGAUUGAUCAGACCGAGAACAAGCCCAUCGUUCCUUUAGUUGCAUCAACGCCGAAGCAAUCUCGCGAAAAUGUUGUCAUGAAACCACCAAAGGCGCGGCCGAGGUCUGAGAAGAAAGAACAGUCAACGUCAAAGUUAGCAAAAUCUUUCAAUAAAGAUACCACGGGUGAGAGUAAACUUCUUGAUAAAAAAGAGAUUGAAAUUCACAAGGAUAUGACCGUUGAUGAGUUGAUCUUGGCUUCUGAAGGAAUUCACAAAUUACCAAUAGUGGAUGAUGUUCAAGAGAAGGAAGACCUGGCAACGACGAGUGCUGCAGUCACUGAAAAGCCUGUAUUAAGUGAAGACACAAAUUUUGACGACGAAAGUACAGACAGCGAAGAUGCGAUUGAAGUUGUAACCCGAGACUUUCCUGAACAUUUAUUAUCGGGUAGUGAAGACCAUACCAGUGACAGUGAUGGUCUUGUAAUGUCAUCAAUAUCUGCUCGUAGUGGUAAAAUAAUGCAGCGUCCCGAACAAAUCACGAUAAUGGUGAACAGUCUGACGCUGUAUCCUGAUACGUCAAUUAUUAAUGAUGCUUCCAUUACUCAACUCUUUGUUGCCUAUAAAUUUCUCAACUAUGAUCUCGGUGAACUGGAAACACCUGUAUCUCCCAAGCCCCCUCCAUAUCAACCCAUACACUAUAACUUCAAGAAAGUUUUUCCAGUCGACCGUGAAACGAAUAAUCAGAAACGACAAUUGCUAAUUCAUACCUUAUCCACUGAAAAUCCUGGGCAAGGAAGAUUGAUAUUUAGUGUUGUUAGUGAUCCUGGACUUAAUGAUGAUGGUGAUUGUAUUGAUGUUGCGUUUGCUGUCGUCGAUCUACUAAAGAUUUUCGAAGAUAAUGCUGAUAUUAUUGAACAGAACAUUGAACUUUAUAGUUUUGCUGACGGAGCAGAUCUUGUUGGUUGUUUGACAGUGACCGUUGAAGCGCUAGAAGCUUUGAAAAGUUUGUAUGAUGACGUAAAGUAAACCACUGUAUAAAUGAAACGCCUUUGGCUUAAGGUUUUUAAGUGGAUGGAUCAUGUCGGCUUGUUUGGAGGAGAACCAUUGAUUCUUUUAAAAAAUAAAAUUGCGAGAAAAAAGUUUAUCAGAGUAUAGGAAAGUGUUAAAACACAAUUUAUUUCAUAGUGUCCUAAAACAUGUUUGUAAUGUUUUAAUGUUGUAACGUACGCCUUGAUCUACAAAAAUCCUACAAACAGAUAAAGAAAGAUCCACGAACAAUAGAAUCUCUGAGACUUAAAUAUAUAUUUAAUAAAAUAGUUAUUACUAAUGUCUA